AUGUGCUCCAGGGAAAAGGGGUUCCCCCCCUACGUUGCACGAAGAUGCAAAGUACAGUCUGACUCCCUGGUGGUGUGUGAGGUGGACCCCGAGCUUAAGGAGAAGCUGAAGAAAUUCCGCUUCCGAAAAGAGACAGACAACGCCGCCAUAAUAAUGAAAGUGGACAAGGACCGGCAAAUGGUGGUGCUGGAGGAAGAAUUCCAGAACAUUUCCCCAGACGAGUUGAAAAUGGAGUUGCCAGAGAGACAACCCAGAUUCGUGGUGUACAGCUACAGGUAUGUGCAUGAGGACGGCCGCGUCUCCUACCCUUUGUGCUUCAUCUUCUCCAGUCCUGUGGGCUGCAAGCCCGAACAACAGAUGAUGUAUGCAGGGAGUAAAAACAGGCUGGUCCAGACGGCAGAGCUCACCAAGGUAUUUGAAAUCCGUACCACUGAUGACCUCACAGAGACCUGGCUGCAAGAGAAGCUGUCUUUCUUUCGUUGA